AUCUUUAGUUUGAAAACAACCUUGACUUCAUAAAGAUAAAACAGUUAAUAUUAAUAAAUAAAUUGGAUUUUUCAACUAAAUGUGGAAACUACUUUGCUUUAUAUUCUUUCAAGGAGCAUGGGGAAGACGACCAUUAGUUCGGAGGCAAACUGUUGAAAUGGACUCAGUCAAGUUUAACUUUAUGCCAAGCUUGCAGAAGGAGAGGAAUUAUCAGGGCUUGACCUUGAAUGUGUUAAAUAUGCUUGAGGAGGAAGAAGUUUCUGUCAGAAAACAGACUUUGAACAAUCAAAAUUCCAGAGACGCAGAUUCUAUCAAUUUCCCCUCCCACUCUAUUCCUGCUCUAAGUUUGUCCCCUGUACCACGGUUUCUACCUGCCCUCAGCUCCGUGGACUGUUCAUCUGUUGAAAUACCUCUAAAAGUCCAGCCAAAACCUGUCAGAAAAUGGGUUUCAAAAUGGAGUCAACACUGUAAGAAACCAAGGGGUCAGUUCCGUUAUCCAGAUGACUGUCAUGCCUAUAUUGAUUGUUGGGAUGGACGAGGGAAGAAAAUGAAUUGUUUUCCAAGAAACCUUGUGUUCAAUGAAGCUAAGGGUCAAUGUGAUUGGCCCUCCAGCACCCCUUGUGUUAUGGGAGAUAUUGGUUCGGAAGAGAACAACAAGAAAGAAGUUGAUGUUGAUUUACCACAUUGCUCGAGCUAUACUGGACUGGGAUACAAAUGUGUCAACUUCUGGGAAUGCUCGGAUAAAAAUGAAAUCUUAGAUGAUUCAGAAGGAGCCUAUGCAGAGUUUGGAAUUGAUGCCAGAAUGGUUCCGCCACCAAAGAAAAUUGUAUUUAAAGGAAUUUUUGACCCACUUUCUAAGAAAUGUCCCAAUACAUUUGAAAUCUGUUGCAAAGGAAAAUGCAGUGACUUGGAAGAAAAGAGUUCUCCUUCUAAGCUUCCACCGGGAAGAACACUUGAUACCUCACAUUCAACUACUUUAUGCCCUGCUGACUAUACAGGGUUACGUCCAAUACCUGGAAUCUGCACUCAGUUUGCGGAAUGCUACAAAGGAACUGCCAUUAUAAAAGAUUGCCCUCCAGGCUUACAUUUUUGUAUUCAUUCCCUAAUGUGUGAUUGGCCAAAUAAAGUUGUUUGUGAUCAAUUAAGUUUCAUAUCAAAAGCAACUUCUUCAAAUUCAAAACAGCUACAGAAUGAUGAACCAAGAAUUUCAGGAAACUCUCCAGCUUUACGAAUAGACAUAGAGAUGAUGGCAAGAAAGACUCAGAUGAUUCCAGCUCCUCCAAGUGGUCAAAAUGCAAGAUUGCGGGAGGGAAGAACACCUUCUGAAGGAUACUUACAACUCUUUCAUGACGAUAAGUGGGGUUAUGUUUGUGAUAAAAGUGGUUGGACAAUGGAAAAAGCAAAUAUUGUGUGUAAACAGCUUGGGUUUCAUCGUGGUGUAAGAAAGACCACCCAGGGGUUUGUGCAUGGCCAAGUUGAUGAAUCUAAAAAACUGACUGAUCAUGUAGAAUGCACUGGUUCUGAAGAAAAGAUUCAGCAAUGUAAAGUAUCAUAUUUUGUGUCUGGUAAGCCAUGCAAACUUUCAGAAGAUAUUGUUAGCAUAACAUGCUUUCCAGACAGCUGGGCUAAAUGUUACGAGAAUGAAAUUCCCUGGAAAUCAUCUUGUUACUCGUUCUUUCCCAAUGCAAGCUCUUUCCAUGAAGCCCAGGAACACUGUAAGUCAACAGGCAGAGUACUGGUUGAAGUAGAUUCCCAAGCAGAAAAUGAUAUGAUAUCUGAACUACUAUUUCAGAAUAGUAGAGUUACAGAUAUUAUGAAUGAGGUUUGGACUGGGGGAGUUGGAUCAAAUGUUGCCAGGAAGAAUGUUUGGUUUUGGCAUUCUGACACUGACAAACCCAUGGAGUUUCGUAACUUUUGGAAAGGUUGGAGUGGGGGUGAUAGAUCUGCUACAGAAAUUAAAGACAAUUUUGCAUAUGGAAUAAAAAUGAGUCGGCAAUUUCCACUGAGAACAGGUACUGCUAAAAAGAACCAGCUCACAGAUUACUAUUUUUGGAAUUUAGAAAGUUUUGACACUAAACUAUCCUAUAUAUGUGAAAGACCACAAAUUGACAUUGGGUGUAUGGAGGGGGAGGGUCUUGAAUAUUAUGGAAAUGCAAGAAGAACUCAAUCUGGAGAAUUCUGUAAGUCUUGGCAGUCCCCUGAAAUCGGAUUCUGGUUUGAUCAAGCAGAAAUUCAAAAGUUAGGACCUCUACAGAACAAUAACUUCUGCAGAAAUCCAGAUGAAGCUGAAGUUCCAUGGUGCUUAAUAAAAGAGGGUCAGUAUGAAGACUGUGACAUACCCAAGUGUGAAACAGGCCCUAUCUAUCCUGUAAACAAGGCCAACUCUUGUGGGUCCGAUCAAUUCCAAUGUCAACCUGGGGAAUGCAUAUUUAGUGGAUAUGUUUGUGAUGGUGAAUAUGAUUGUAAGAACAGGAUGGAUGAAAAUCCACACGCAGAUUGUGAAAGCUAUUCAGAACAUUUUAAAUCUGUCAGUGGUUCAAAAUUGAAUGUCAAAGAAAUUGAAAGAUGGACAAACAGAAACCUUGAGGCUUGUCUUAGGGGAUGUGACCUUUCAAAAGAAUUUAUCUGCAGAGGUGUGAACUACAAUAUGAAGGAAAAAUCUUGUAUACUUCUUGAUGAAAAUGUUGGAAUGUCUGGUGCUCUUGAUCAGGAUUUGGAUUGGUCUUAUUUUGAAAGAAUUGAAACUCAAACAUUAUGUGAUGAAAAACUAAGAUGCAGCUCUGGAAAAUGUUUCAACAAAACCCAACUUUGUGAUGGAAAAUUUGAUUGUGAAGAUAGGAAAGAUGAAGAAGGUUGUGAACUCUCACCUAAACUUAAAAUAAGACUUAGAGGGGGAAAUGCACCUAAUGAGGGAAGAGUUGAAAUUAAAGCAUUUGACUAUGGAUGGGGUGGAAUAUGUGAUGAUGGGUUUGGAAUCAACAAUGCACAAGUUAUCUGCAAAGAAGCCGGAUUUCCACUAGGAGCUCAAGAAGCAGUAUUACAUUCACGAUGGGGGCCUGGCAAUGAAAUUCUAUUAGACGAGUUGAAAUGUAAAGGAACUGAAAAUUCUAUUCUUGAGUGUAAGUUUAACCCAUGGAAAGAGCAUGAUUGCGCUCCAAAAGAGUAUGCAGGAGUAGUUUGCAAAGUUAAGGAUGAGACAUGUUCUGAAGAAGAAUGGAAAUGUCAAUCUGGAGAGUGUAUAAAUCUAGAAUUUCUUUGUGACACAACCAGUGACUGUUCUGAUGGAAGUGAUGAACUUGCAGAGUAUUGCCAGAAACAUAUUGAAGUUAGAUUAGUUGAUGGAAAUAAUGUAACAUCUGGAAGAGUUGAAGUGAUGUAUAAGGGGGUUUGGGGAACUAUUUGUGAUGAUAACUUUGACAAAGAGGAAGGCACUAUUCUCUGUAAAAUGCUGGGAUUUCCUGGUGGUGUUAAUAUUCAUAAAGAGGGAACUUUUGGCCCUGGAAGAGGUCCAAUAUGGAUAAACAAUAUUCUAUGCAAUGGAAAUGAAACCUCCUUAGAUAAAUGUCCCUCACCUCCUUGGGGUCCAAGCUACCAAUGUAAACACCUGGAAGAUGUUGGCAUUGAAUGUUUAUUAAACUCUUUUCAAACAAUAGAAACAAAUAAGCCAAGUUCUUCUUUACAGCCAAAUGAUUUCCAAUGUGGGGUAGCUGAGGUUGAAUUUAAGUCAGGGCCUCCAAUUGCUAAGGUUGCAGGAGGUCAAACUUCAGUACAUGGAUCACAGCCCUGGACCGCUAGUAUUAGAGUGAGGGGAAAUACAAGAAGCUUUCACUGGUGCGGAGCUGUUCUUAUAGGUGAAGUGCAUAUACUUACAGCAGCACAUUGUGUGGAAGAUUACCCCAAAGAUGUGUACGCAGUUAGAGUAGGAGAUUGGGAUCAAGAUGCUCCAGAUGUAGGAGAACAAGAGUUCAGUAUUCAAACUGUAGAUUUCCAUCCUGACUUUAAUGUCGGAGCAUACCUCAAUAAUGAUAUUGCUGUUAUCACCUUGAAACUACAAAAUGGAAAAGGGGUACAGUUUAAUGACAAGGUUGUACCAGCAUGCUUACCAUCCUCAAGUACAACAUACAAUGCAGGUAUGGAGUGUUCUAUUUCUGGUUGGGGAUCUUUAGGACAAAACUCUGGUGGAUAUUCUAGAAGGUUGCAGUCAGCCUUAGUACCAAUUUUACCUACCAGCGAGUGCUUGAAGAAACAUGUUUACGGAGCUGACAAGCUGACAGGUGGCAUGUUUUGUGCAGGUUUCCUUGAGGGUGGAAUUGACAGUUGUCAGGGAGACAGCGGAGGACCAAUGGUCUGUCAAAAGAGGAAUAAGAAUGAAUUGCUGGGAAUCAUAAGUUGGGGAUAUGGGUGUGGACGACCAAAUAAACCUGGAGUAUAUACCAGGGUAGCUAACUAUGUAGACUGGAUAAAGAGUAUUACUGGGAGCUGAGGAAUGAUGGGAGAAAGAAAAA